AUGAUUUUCAGUGCUGGUGAGGCUUGCCAACAGAAGAUCCAUUCACAGAUUUUUGCUAUCUCCGGUGUUCUGUUCGUCGGGUCAUCGAUUGCUCUGGUCGCCGUGUCUUCUUCCGUCAGUCAGAUCCAACGUUUCAGCUUCACUGCAAAGACUGGGAGAGCCUAUACGAGAAUCCAAUUGAAAAACAAAUAUGAUACCCUGCGAAAGGAGUGGCAGUUAUGGGAUAGGCUGCUCCGUGAGACAGGUUUGGGAUGGGAUGCCGAAAGGAAUACUGUUAGUGCCCCUGAUGAUUGGUGGGAGAAGAAAAUAGUGGAAGUUCCUGGCUACGAGAAAUUUAGAGAAAGAGGGCUUCAGUUUCGGGCUGAAUUGACUCAACUCUUUGGGUCUGUAGCUGCAACUGGACCCCAGUCAUGGGCACCUUCUUCCAUGACACUUCCAAGUGAAGGAGUUCCUGAAGAUGAUAUGGAAGAAGGGUCUGGAGAUAGUGAUGAAAUAUUGGGGGCACCAACUGGGAUAAGCGGAGAGUUUAAUUCGGUCACAUUCAAUGACAAUAGUGGAGGAAGUGGAGGCAACACUGGGAUGAGACGGGAAAACAGUCGUGGGGGUAGAAGCACAGGUGGCAGUCGACCUAGUAGCUCAUUAGGGGUUAAAAAAAAGGGUGAAUCCAUGAAGAAGAAGAACACUGCCACUAUGAAAAUAGCAGAUGCAUUAAGCAGGAUAGCUCAGGCAAAUGAAAAUGAUUCUCAGCGUGAAUAUGAAGAGAUUUCAGAAGCACGUGCUAGGAAGAUAGAAGAAGAAGCGCGUGCUUAUGAGACGUCAAUUGCGGGAGUCAUGGAGCACCUUAACGAAGUUGAUGAAGUUGUUGAUGAUCCUGAUUUGUUUGGCCGGUGCACAACACUCCUUAUGAGGGAGCAAGCUGCAAGGGAGAUGACAAGACAAAAAAUGGCUGAUGAAAUUAAAAUUGCGGAAAAGUAUCGUAAACGACGGAACAAACGGAUUAAUCAAGUUGCAGUAGCAGUUGGUGGAUACGCUUCUCUUCAUUUGUGUAAAGAGCCCCAGCACACAAGUAUUUAUACAGGCAAGGCAUGGGUAAGGGACGUUUUACAAGGCCAUUCCACCCGUUGUUAUAACAUGUUUAGGAUGGAAAGGGAAGUGUUUUUUAGUCUUUGCACAGAAUUGCAGCAACACGGAAACAUGCCGAGCUAUGACUUUCCAACACAGGUUCAAAUUGUUUGUGCAACAAUGGCCAUACAUAACUUCAUUAGAUCAAUAUCCAUUUCUGAUCCUGGUUUCAUUCAGUUUGAACAAGAAGGUUCUUAUGCAGAAGAAAAUAAUGAUGAUGAUGGACUUGGAUCUUCACAUAUACCUUCAUCAAUAGAAUCUUCAUCUCACAUGGCUCGACUUCGUGACUCAAUUAGAGAUCAAAUUGCUCACUAUAUACGAGAAUAG